UGCGGCGAAAGUGCGAGCGUCAAUAACGAGAUAUGUGAUGAAUGGAUAAUUGAGUUGCAGAGUUUAUUGAAGGAUUAUAAACCAGAAGAUGUCUUUAAUGCCGACGAGACUGGCCUUUUUUUCAAGUGCUUGACUGAUAAAACACUUAUUUUUAAAAAUAAAAAAUGUCAUGGCGGUAAGCACAGUAAAGAGCGAUUAACAAUAUUGCUAGCAACAAACAUGACAGGCUCUGAAAAACUUAAGCCAUUAGUUAUAGGAAAGGCUAAAAAGCCUCGUUGUUUUUCUGGUUGUAAAUCUCUACCACUAGACUAUGAUGCUAACAAGAAAGCAUGGAUGACAGCUGAUAUAUUCAAAGGAUGGCUCAUCAAAGUCGACAAGAAAAUGAUUAAGGAGAAACGAAAAAUAUUACUCUUCAUUGACAACUGUACAGCUCACCACAUAAUUCCGCCAUUAAAAGCCGUGAAAGUUAAUUUUUUUCCACCCAAUACAACAUCUAAGUUACAGCCCUUAGAUCAAGGAAUAAUAAAAAACUUCAAAUCCGCUUACAGAAAGGAAGUUGUUAGGAAACUGAUAACAGAUAUGGAACAAAAGUCAGCUUCAUCUAUUAAUGUAUUGCAUGCAAUUAGGAUGAUAGACAAGGCUUGGAGAAGUGUAUCUAAAACUACAAUAUCAAAUUGCUUCAAAAGCUGUGGAUUUUCGUUGCCACAAGAAGAAGCUUCGGAAGAACCCCUUGAGCUGGACGUGAGUGUAGAAGCUGACUGGAAUAAACUUCAGAAUAUAGAAGUUCAAUUUGAAGAUUUUGUGGCAUGUGAUGAAGGGCUAGCUACUACUGGAACGCUAACUGAUGCUGAAAUCAUCGACACAGUUAAUCAGAAUAUGGAUGACGAUGAUGUUAAUGAAAAUGACGUUGAUUAUACUGAUUCAACAAGUUUUGAGCUCCCAAUAACAAAUAAAAAAGCCAGAACUGCAAUUAACACUCUACGAGCUUAUGCUGAAAGAUAUGAUGAUAUCGAGAUCAUGUAUUCGGUUCAUUGUUUGAGCUUGAAAAAAUAA